ACCGUUCUCUGCCGUGUAUAGUAGUGCAUGAUUGUAAAAGAGUUAACGCAGCAAUUGCGGAUAGUGAAAGUUACGUGGACGGAUGCAAGUUCACGUUCAAAUGGGACCGGAACAGUGGGAGAAUCCCGUUAUAUUUCCAUCUUGUAAAGCGUCGUUGAUCCCAAAGUCAAUUUGUUGGACGAGUUGCAAGGAGGAGCCAAGUCAACACACAUGGUACACUACGGUCAACCAAACAAUACCCAUCCCCCUGCACUAGCAGUCCCCGCUGUGUCUGUCACGUGCAGUAAAGUACAACUGAAAGAACAAAAACGAGCGAUGAAAACACCAUGCACAGACAUUUUACGAUGCCCUGAGUUCAGUGACGUUUAUCCUCCCUCGGAAGAUUCAUUUCUGUUUUUGGAUGCCUUGGAAAAAGAUGUGUUGUUUUUGAAAUCUCUUGAUCCCGCUAUCUCACUCGAUAUUGGCAGCGGAAGUGGCAUUAUUGGUGCAUUUCUGCAUAGCCUCGGCGUAUCACGUUUCCAUGUUGCCACUGACAUAUCUCGCUUCGCUUGUCUCGCUUCGAUCAGAGUACUGAUGUCGAAUAUACAUGAAGAAACCACCGUUGCCUUUGAUGCUAUUCAAUGCACACUCGCAAUUCCAUUUCUUGGCAGAUUGGAUUCCUCGGUGGAUUUGAUUAUGUUCAACCCUCCAUACGUUCCCACACCAAUUGACGAACAUCGAUCUGUUGGCUGUUCCAUCAGAGCAACAUGGUCAGGAGGAAACUGUGGAAGGGAGGUUAUCGACGAGUUUCUACCUCAAGCCGUUCGGUUGUUAUCUCCUUCAGGCUGUCUUUACCUGUUGCUCUCAGAUGCAAAUAUCCCGACUGAAGUUCACGCUGCGAUCAAAAAAUUGUCUGGUGACCAGCUGUCGCCAACGACCAUCUUGCGAAGAGACUCUUUUGGUGAAGCUCUGGGAGUGUAUCGAUACUCAUGAGCAUGACUGAAUAAACCGUUGCCGUGUGUUUCGAAUUACUGCUCUGUCUGGUCCUCUAACUCGACAGAGAGAUUUGUGCCCAGUCUCAUGUCAUAUACUCGAAAAACAUUGUGAAACGUGGCUUUACUUCUCUUUGACCAGUCUUUUACGGCAGAUUCUGACCAUCUGUCUUUACUCUCAUUCCUUUCAACUCAUCAGAAAUACAUCCCAGAUUCAGAUCUGUGAAAAUCGUCAUUUUCUGUCCCAGUACUACACUGCUUUUUGUGUUGUCUUUGGGGGCGCGUUGCUUGUGAUUGACUCAGCGCAUGCCGCAACAGCAGCUUCUAGUGUUACACUGCGC